AUGAAAUGCAAAGGUAUUGAAUUGAGGGACCCCCUGGGCGAAGUGUGUGACACAAAAGCACAACCGCUGGAUCCAAUUGAAGUUUCCUGGAACAGUGGUUGGAACAGGUACAAUAUUUCAUGGACUGUCGACUCACAUUCUCCCGUCGAGGAAUUCAAAUUGUUUUUCCGGCGAGUGCCCCAGGGGCAUGAGAUUGACAACAGCAUAGAGCAGUCACAGCCGCUCCAGCAUCAGGGUGUCAUCUACAGUCAGAGAGGAUAUAGUACUGGACACCACUGGCUACCUCCACGUUCAGAAUGGCGGGAUGUUGUCUUACCUGCCAUUCCGUUAUCUCACCACUUUACCCAAGGCAAGAGCUACAUGAUCCGAAAUCUCGAUCCCAACCAACAGUACGAGGCUAAAGUGCAGGCCAGGAAUCGGUAUGGCUGGAGUGAGUUGUCUGAGAGUUUCGAGUUCAGCACUUCAAUGAAUGAUGAAUAUACCGAUAUCGCGACUCUUAUCAACCGUGGCCUCUCAGAUUCCGAAAUGCGAGAUAUGGGUGUAACAUUCUACAGUAGUCAUGGACGAUCUCUCAUCUUUAGUGGUAGAUAUUUCCAGAUAUUUAUGCAAAUCCUCAUAUUUUUGAUAUACUUUUGUAUGUAAAGAAGGCAGUCAGAGUAAAAAGAAUCUCCCACAAAUCACUAUAAGAGAAAAUUUUCAAUCAAUAGAAGACAAAAAGCAUUGCACAGUCCAUUUUCUCAAAUCCUCUUUCUCUCAAUUGAUCUCCUGAGGAUGGUCUUUGGAGAAUAAAGCAAAAAAAAAUGUAGAUUCUCCUUAGAAGAAAACCCAUUUGUAAAUAAGUAAAUAGAUGAUAAAAAAUUUAAAUUUCCUUCACAAUUCUGCUCCAAAAUAGCAAAAUCCGCAGAGACACAAAAAGGAUAGAUGAUUUUCGUGAAACAAAAAAGAAUAACAAAAGAAAAAUAAGGAAAACAUACAAAAAACAAAAGCCCAUUCAUAUUAAAAUUAAAUGUAUAGACCAAAAAGACAUGAAGAAAACAAUUUGAAUGUAAUACUCGUGAAGAUGUCGUUAGAGUACGAUAAUACAUAAAUUAAUAAUAUAUUCAAACAUAAUGAUUAUGAUAACUUAAUGAAGAAGAGCUUAUUUUCUCGUAACACUCUCACACUGUCACCAUCUUAAAACUCUAUGGAAAAGGAUAAUACCUCUUAAGAAGUGUCUCUCUGAAAACUUCUUUCAUAAGUACAUUAAUAUAUUAAGAGCAUAUGUAUUUUGAAGUAUGAUGAGGAUAAAUUUAAUUUAAAUGUCUAAACUUGGGUAUUUGUAAAAGAAGUUUUCAAGCACAUUUCUAUUGUGGUUCCAAUUGAAAAUUUGAGUGACUUCCUUAUGAAUUAUAGAGAGAGAAAAUUAAACAUUCCUCUUAUGCGUUUAACUACAUCCAUCAAGCUCUUCAUUUUGUAAGAAGAAUUCCUUCUUAAACACAAAACCACUUCUGAGGAUUUCAAAAUGCAUCCUCCCAUAAUAAUGUUUAAUAUAUUAGAAAAUUUCAUUAACAAUCACGUGAAAACACAGGGAAAUUUUUAUUAUUUUCUUUUUCAUUAAACAAUUUUUCUUGUAAAGCACUACACAUAUUCAUGCAUUUUAGCAUUCCUUUUCAAUAAACCUUUUCUUCCCGCCUGUACAUCUCGUCUCCAAAAGGGCAAUGUAUAAAAUAAAACAUGAUUAAUGUAUUUGCAUUUAAGCUUAAAUAGUAAUUAAUUAUGAAAAAAAUGUCAACUACGAGGCAUACCAGUGAAAAUUUACAACCAAGACUUUCUUUCACCCAAUGCAGCAAUUAGUGGCGUUUUUUAUUUAUGACGAAGAACGCUUUUUAAAGAGGCAGAAAGUUGGAAGUCAAAACGCCACUGCGGAGAAAAUUGCACACGGAAUGGCAAAAUUCAAGUGGCACCGGCUUCGGCAUUAAAGAAAAUUCCACCCUCACACCAAAUCAAUGGCACAUUUAUAAUGAUUUCUUUAUCGUAGAACCUCCCCAAGAUUACAGAAAUUCUCAGGGGGAAAUUGUGGUGAAAUGCACUGAGAGAUACUUAUUGCUUCAAUUUUAAUUAGGGGAAAGCGCGCUACC